UCCCUCCGUCGGCGGCGCCCUCCUCUAUGGUGCCGCGGGAGGUCUGUGGGCGGGGAGUCCCGUGACGGCUCGGUGCGCAGAGACGGUGGCCGGCAGGGGCGGCGGGCGGGCGGGCGGAGGCUGAGCGCGGCGGCGGCGGAGGAUGGCGGAGCCUGCACGAUACCGAUCUGCUUGUUGUUGAUCUAAUGUGGAAUAGAAAGUGAAAUGGACACUUUUUUUUUUCUGGUUUCUUCCAGUCAUGGUGCCAUCUCCAGACAUCCAAGGUCCGAUAUGAGGAAUCAUAUGAGGAGUUAUAGAGGACAACACAAAAACUGUCAAAUAAUAGAGAUGUGAUGGAAAACUCUUUCUCCCACUUACACUUCCAACCGUCAGUCUCUGCUACCACAGAAAUACUAAUAUGGAGCAUUUGACCUUCUAAUCUCUAAUAGCUGAAUCUUCUGAUAUCAGGAGUAGGAAAGAGUGCCUUCAGAACCAAUAUGUAGCAAAUGGGUAUCGCACCUCCGACGCUCCUCGCUUGGUUCAACGCUUGUGUGUUUUAAGGAUCCUUGUAGCCUCAGCAGUGAAUUGUUAACGUCAGAAGUGGAUUUCAUGUGGUGCUUGCUGAACACUGAGUCACCAUGAGUAGUAAUCUAGGAAAAGAAAAAGACUGUAAAGAGAAGGAUCCAAAAGUCCCAUCAUCAAAAGAAAGGGAGAAGGAGGCCAAAGCCUCUGGAGGAUUUGGGAAAGAGGGCAAAGAAAAGGAGCCUAAGACCAAAGGGAAAGAUGCCAAAGACGGAAAGAAGGACUCCAGUGGCACGCAACCUGGGGUAGCCUUUUCAGUGGACAAUACGAUAAAACGACCUAAUCCAGCCACAGGUACCCGCAAAAAAUCCAGCAAUGCUGAAGUGAUCAAAGAGCUAAAUAAAUGCCGGGAAGAGAAUUCAAUGCGCUUGGACUUGUCCAAGAGGUCUAUACACAUGCUUCCAUCAGCUAUCAAAGAGUUGACGCAGUUAACGGAACUUUAUUUAUACAGUAACAAAUUGCAGUCUCUACCAGCAGAGGUGGGCUGUCUUGUGAACCUGAUGACACUGGCCCUGAGUGAAAACUCACUCACCAGUUUGCCUGACUCUCUCGAUAACUUGAAGAAACUGCGCAUGCUUGACCUACGGCAUAACAAACUUAGAGAAAUCCCCUCGGUGGUGUAUAGGCUAAACUCUCUCGCCACUCUUUACCUACGCUUUAAUCGUAUAACUACUGUGGAAAAGGAUAUCAAAAACUUGUCAAAACUCACCAUGCUUAGCAUACGAGAGAACAAAAUCAAGCAACUACCUGCUGAAAUUGGUGAGUUGUGUAACCUCAUAACGCUGGAUGUAGCGCACAAUCAGCUUGAACAUCUUCCAGAAGAGAUUGGAAGUUGCACGCAGAUCACCAACCUUGACUUGCAGCACAAUGAGCUCUUGGACCUGCCAGAAACCAUAGGAAAUCUGUCCAGUCUAAGUCGUCUUGGCCUAAGGUACAACAGACUGUCAGCAAUUCCGAAGUCCUUAGCAAAAUGCAGUGAACUUGAUGAGCUGAACCUGGAGAACAACAACAUUUCUACUUUACCAGAGGGUCUUUUAUCCAGUCUUGUCAAAUUGACUAGUUUAACACUGGCCAGGAACUGCUUCCAGUCCUAUCCUGUGGGUGGCCCGUCCCAGUUCUCCACAAUCUACUCUCUCAAUAUGGAGCACAACCGCAUCAAUAAAAUCCCCUUUGGAAUUUUCUCUAGAGCUAAAGUGUUAAGUAAGCUGAACAUGAAGGACAAUCAGCUGACCUCACUCCCCUUGGACUUCGGGACUUGGACUAGUAUGGUAGAACUGAACCUAGCUACUAAUCAGCUCACAAAAAUCCCUGAGGAUGUAUCUGGGCUUGUUUCUCUUGAGGUUCUUAUCUUGUCAAACAAUCUCCUAAAGAAACUUCCCCAUGGAAUUGGAAAUCUACGGAAACUCCGAGAGUUAGAUCUAGAGGAAAACAAACUGGAAUCCUUGCCAAAUGAAAUAGCUUACCUCAAGGAUCUGCAGAAAUUGGUUCUGACUAAUAAUCAGUUGACCACCCUUCCCAGAGGUAUUGGUCACCUUACCAAUUUGACGCACCUUGGGCUUGGAGAGAAUCUUCUCACACACCUUCCUGAGGAAAUUGGUACACUGGAGAAUCUGGAAGAACUGUAUUUGAAUGACAACCCCAAUCUGCACAGCCUUCCCUUUGAGCUGGCUCUUUGCAGCAAACUGUCAAUAAUGAGUAUUGAGAACUGCCCGCUCAGCCACCUUCCACCUCAGAUUGUUGCGGGAGGACCCUCCUUCAUCAUCCAGUUCCUAAAAAUGCAGGGACCAUAUCGUGCCAUGGUCUGAUGCUGAUCGGAUUGUCCAAUACACUGUACAAAAUACAAACUGCAUUAAUGUUGUAAUUGUCUGUAUAUGUAUAUAUAAUAUAAUAUAUGUGGUUUAUAUUAUAUUAUAUAUAUAUAUAAUAUAUAAAUAAUAUAAAAAGGCAAAUUUAAGACUGCAUUAUGUGUUUCUGCUAAUAGAGGAAUCAUAGCCAUUUAGAUUUUUUUUUUAAUUCUGUAAAAAUGCUUAUCUAAGUUUUCUUUGCUGAAUUUGAUGGAAGUUGUCUGAGUAAUCUGGAAAUACCAGUUCAUUUAAAGCAUUUGCCAAUGAACUCCAAGUUAAAUUUAAGGGACAAAAAUAGUUUUGCUUAGAUUUACUUUCAGUUAAGAGAAAUGUAUAACCUUUAUAUAAUGAACUUUUCUGUUAUCCUCCCUCUUUUUUGUGUCAAAACCUGAAAGGGUCACGUGUCCUGAGGUUGGGAUUUUCUUUUAACUUAUUUUGAGAUUUGAAGCAAAUGGUGUUUUUUAUAUUGUUUACAGUCAGAGUAAAUCACUGGAUUUUGUUUUAUUUUGAUUUGCUCUGUUUUAAUCAAUCAUAUCUAGAAUUUAUAUGCCUCUGCUGACGAAAUUUUAUCAACCGGUUUGUGUACUAAAACCAUACUCAUCAGAACAACUGGCAGGUGAAAAGGAUGCAGUCAAAACAAAAGAAAAAGAAAGAAAAAAAAGCUUGAAUUCUUUUAAGUCUUGCUUCCCUGAGUUAUCAGUUGCAGGCAUAACAUAUCUGAACUGAGCCUUUUGCGGUUGGUCUUUUCUAGCACAAGUAAACCUUUUCAGAUUGGUAAAAAUGUUGAGUAUUCUCAGUGAAAAGCAGUUUUCAUUUUGUGAAGUAACAAUUCCAUGAGGUCUAACAGUACAGUUAAGUGGCAAGGAAAUAAUAUAUAUGUACAUUUUUAUUACAAUGUUAAGUCAUAAACUACCACGGGCAAUUUUAAGGAUUCCUUAUAGUCCUUGUACAAUAAAUGAAUGUGUCUUACUUUUAAACACUGCAAUAUAUGUAAGUUUUAAGGUUGGUUAACAAUGUACUAUGGUUUUAUAUCUUGACUUGCCUUGUACCUCCUUCCAUUAUGGAACUUCUGUGUCCAAGCACAAUAUCUUCACACUGUGCUGUUUUGCUGCUGAACUAAAUGCACUUUUCCCCACAGCUGGGGCACUUGCUUCGAAAUAUUCAGUUCAGUAUCCUGAGUAUUCUUUUUUUAACUUCAUCCUAUCUGUUUCAGUAUUAAACCGAUCUAUUAAAAAAGAGGCACCUUUUUCAUUUGUGCAUAGAUGUUGAUAGCUCAAGAGAAACACUGUAAGUAGUGGACAUUCAGUUUUAUCUUGACUUUCUUGGUUGCUUAAAAGGCAGAAGAUGCUUCAGGGAACUUUACACUAUUGCUGCACUUGUAGGGCCAGUUGACCUUUUUUAAGAGGACAGAAACUGUAGAGGCGGUUGCAUUCCACCCGUUUACUGAAGAGCUCUCCAGUUUGUACUCACUGCAAUUCUGCUGGGGUAGGGUGACUUGGAGGACUGUAUCUUCUGAACAAAAUCCAAUCGACUGAAAUCUAUUUUGUGUGCAGAAGUUUGGGGAAUAGUAUUUCUGGCUUUCAGGCGUGCUCAAUUGUGUGUAUUGCCUUGAUCUAGUUCUUUCCAGCAUCGCAAUCUGUUUUCUUACAUCUUUUCCUUAACAAGGAGUAAGUUUAAAUGGAAGGCAGGUGGAGAUAUAAAACUUUAGAGGGCUUAAACAUGCUGUAAAACCAUUGUAGAUGUCACUGGAUUUUACUAAGUAAUGUCCUUUUCUUUCUCUCUCUCACACUCUUUUUUUUUUCCAUCUGCUGUAGCUUUCAGUUUAGACUUUAGUUUAUAAAAGGCUAGUUUCUGACAGUUCUGCCUGAAUUUUAUCUUUCUCAGCAUUAAGUUGUUAAAAUAUGAAGAUGCUGAAAUGUGUAAUUUCAAGACUGUAAUCUAAUUUCUGAAUUUACUGCUAAACCCAUACUUUGUGCCCUCAGGUCACUAGGGGAAACUGGUCUGAUUAAUGUAUUCUUAAAACAAAGGUGGUGACCCCUUGUGUUUUGAAGUAUCUUGGUCUCGCUCCCUGUCUGCUCCUCAAUCCCAUUUUUAUAAGAGUUGACAGGAUUAAAAUUGUUAGUUUGUAAAUAUGUUGAUUAUUCACCUUGUUAAGGUACACGAUUAAUGACUGUAUAAUUGGAGUUGACACUCUCUCACGUAAAUCCUUGUGGAGGAGAAGUUGGCUACCAAAGUAGUGCUUGAUACACUUGCUUAAAAACAAAGUAUUCUUUUCAGUACACUUAUAGGAAUAAAUAAAGCUAUGUUUUAAUUCAUUAUGAUAUUAAAAACAGGAUAUUUUUUCAAACUAUCUUUGUGCUAGUAUGGUUGUUGCAAUGUCAGAUACUCCUGAGCCCUGUUUUAGGAAUUCAGUGUUAUACGUUCUGAGGUGAGCGCUUGCUUUUUUGGUGUCUCGAGAGAUUUGAAUAAAAGCAGUGUGAGAGAAGUUCUGCUACAGGAAAAAUUGAAUCAGAGAAAAAAGUUGAAAAGUUCUUUAAAAUUAGCCUGAAGUUUAGGUGUUAAAUAUGUGUCAUGGAUUGGGAAUAGGUGCAUAUAAAUCCAUAUAUUUACAUAUCUGGAUUUAUAUCCAGAUCCAUGUAAGUCCAGCUUUUGACAGCUUGAUCAUUCAAGACAGUUUUACAUCCCGACAUAACAGACUUCUGCAUUUCCCAGGAUGCUGAAUUAUUAACUGGUGCGGUUUCUAAAUUGUAUUUAAUGCCUGAUGACAUUCACUUGGACAUAUGCUGGCUUGUACACAUUGAAGAAUUUGAUUUGGCCUACUCGGUUAAAAUAUGAAUGGAAGGAACUUCAUUCUGACAAGAGUGAGUGUGCAUAUGUAUGUGUGUAGAAAUACAUAUAUAUGUAUAAUAUGUAUGUAUGAAAUCAUAGACAAGGAGGAGAAAUUAAAUUUUUAGGAUGUGUUUGAUAAACAGAUGAUUCCCAGAAACUGGUAUUAAAAAUUUUAUGACCCCCUUGCUGAACUGUUGUAUUUCAGAUAUCCCUUCUAAAUUAUUUUGAAGUGUGACAAUCUUGAGUUUGGGUGAAAAUCAUGACCUUUAUGGCUUGCCCAUAGACAAAAUAUUAUCCAUUUGGUAUGUGUCUGUGCUUGCGUACAUAUGAAUAUGUGCAUACGCACAUGCUCUAUAAAGACACUAUCCGGAAUCGUGCCAUGAUUUAACAGAAGCUAAAUUACUGUACUAUAGACUAAAUAGUAUUAUGAAAAUCUGAUGAGGUAUGAAGCAGAUUAAGGAUUUAUUAAACAAUUAAAAGAAGGAAUAAUUGCUACUGUGACUCAGAUUUUGAUCACAUAUUGCACUUAAAUCUGCUAAAUUAGAAAGUUGGUUGCUAAUUCUUGGCUGCAGAAAUGUUUUCUUUUAGUAUAAAUAGUAUAAAACUAUUGAAGUUCUGUCUCUGGACUACUUCCUAAAAAAAAAAAAAAAUCAUCUGUAAUAUAAAUGCAGUGGAAAUAGCCCAUGUAAAGUUGGGUCACACAGUUAUGUAAUCGGCACUUUUUUGUUUGUCCGAUGCUGUUGGAAACUUUUAAAUUCAUACUCCCUUUUUAGAAAGAGUUUUGUGUUGUAGAAUACUUGCUUCAGUGCCUCUUGGAUUUAGGUUUUCUCUGCAGUUUUGUCCAUGUUUUGCUAAUGUUGUGUGAGAAAGUGCAUGUUCAGACUUCUUGAAGGUUGUGUUUGCUCAUGUACAUGAUUUAGUAAAACAUUACUCAAACUGUCUCACUGGUUAGCACUUAAAGCCAUUCUGUCAGCUGAAAUUCAAGUACCAUCUCUUAUCUUGGGCGUUUUGAAAAUACCUUUUAUUUAAAAAUUAGAAAACUUUAUCAGAGGUUAUUUUGUCCUUUUUUGUUUUUAAUUUCUGAAUCAGUACAAACUCAUAUCAGGGGAGGAUUUGUCUUCAUAUCUUGAUGCAGCUAAGUAUUUUUGUACAGUCAAUGUCACACGUCAGUUGUAUCAAAUCGGCAUGCCAGAAUUGCUUUUAAUUAGAUGUGCAGUUGGCAGUAAUUUGCACAACACACAAACUCAAGGCACAGUAAAGACAAUUACAAACAAAUGAUAAUAUCUACAAAUGGUAUCUAACAGUUUUUGUUCUAUGCUAGCAAAGAUCAGAAAAUUAUGUUUAUUAUUCUGAUGUUUAGGUCUUAACGAGGACUUCACAGGAAUUUGCUGUGGAAAAAUACAAGACCACACUAAUUUUGUGGUUAAAAGCUAAACAAGAGUGUAAACAGUCUACAAAAAUGUACUUUUAAUCUGAAUUAUUGUAAUGUUGAUUGUUAUGUCUAUAUAAAAGAUUGCCUUGCUUUUUUAUAAGAGUCAUUCUGUAUCAAUGCAUUCAUUAUAAAUAGUAUAUUUGUAAAUGA